UGUUUGCUCGGAACUAUCCAGUUAAAAGAGAAAGAGGAAAAUUUGAAUACGGAAGCUAGAGGAUGAAGGCGAUCGUGAUCUCGGAGCCAGGUAAGCCGGAAGUUCUGCAACUACGAGAUGUGGCAGACCCAGAAGUCAAGGACGAUGAGGUUCUUAUCAGGGUUUGUGCCACUGCUGUGAAUCGUGCUGAUACUCUUCAAAGACUUGGCCUUUAUAAUCCACCACCUGGCUCAAGCCCUUACCUUGGUCUUGAGUGUUCUGGAACUAUUGAAUCCGUGGGAAAGAGCGUCUCUCGUUGGAAGGCUGGAGACCAGGUGUGUGCUCUUCUUUCUGGAGGAGGUUAUGCAGAGAAAGUUUCUGUACCUGCCGGACAAAUCCUCCCAAUCCCUGCUGGUAUCUCGCUAAAGGAUGCAGUGGCUUUCCCUGAAGUGGCAUGCACUGUUUGGUCGACUGUCUUCAUGAUGGGCCGCCUCUCCGCUGGUGAAUCAUUCUUGGUUCAUGGAGGUUCUAGUGGGAUUGGGACAUUUGCAAUUCAGAUAGCUAAACAUCUAGGAGUGAGAGUAUUUGUCACAGCAGGGAAUGAGGAGAAGCUAGCUGCUUGCAAAGAACUCGGGGCUGAUGUUUGUAUAAAUUACAAAACUGAGGACUUUGUCGCAAAGGUAAAAGCGGAAACCAAUGGGAAAGGUGUGGAUGUUAUCUUGGACUGCAUCGGGGCACCAUAUUUGCAGAAAAACCUCGACAGCUUAAACUUCGAUGGAAGGUUAUGUAUUAUCGGUUUGAUGGGAGGAGCCAAUGCAGAAAUAAAACUCAGUAGUCUACUUCCAAAGCGUCUCACUGUGUUAGGAGCUGCAUUAAGACCAAGAAGUGCUGAAAACAAAGCGGUUGUUGUAGCGGAAGUCGAGAAGAAUGUAUGGCCAGCGAUAGAAGCGGGGAAGGUAAAACCCGUGAUUUACAAGUAUUUACCACUGUCACAAGCAGCAGAAGCUCAUAGCCUUAUGGAGAGUAGUAAGCAUAUUGGUAAGAUUCUGCUUGAGACUUGAUCCUCUGCAAAGGAAGAAUGUUCAGUGACAAGAAUCAUGGUGAAUAAUCAAAUAAAUCUACAAAGAGUUUGUUUUGUUGGCUUUAUGUAUCUCUGAUUUGGGUCAAAAAGACUAAUGACUAUGGAACAUAGAUCUUAUCAGAUAAGCUGUUGUAUACCAAAUAAUUGUAGUCGACUAAAUCAAACGUUAAAAUUCCAGAUUACAAUU